CUCACUGGACCUCCACGAUAAGCAAUAAUAAACAUGGCUUAUAUCUUGGGGAAAUCAUCCCCAGGUUACGUGCAACCAGCCGAUUUUGCUAUGGAAAAACAUCUUAAUCAUAAUAUCGGAAUAGACUCAUCAUCAUGAGUUCCAUCAAGGAGAAGAUCGCGUCCCAAAAUGGCUCACCCGGUUCUGCAGAUUUCGAGAACGGACAUACCCAGCUUGGGACAGUUCAUGAUGUAGAGAAUCUCACUGUACUUGGCUACAAGCCAGAGUUACAGCGGAAUCGGUCCAUGUUUACAUUGCUAUUUCAGUCCUUAGCAAUUGCUGCUAUGCCGUAUGGCUUUGGCGGUCCGCUCAUCAGUGCCAUUUACGGAGGUGGCCAGCUACCGAUGUUCUUGGGAUGGAUCGUGGUCUUAAUCCUAGACGAAUGCAUCGCUCUGUCGCUGAGUGAGCUGGCUUCGAGAUAUCCGACAUCAGCCGGGCCGUAUUACUGGUCUUUCCAACUCGCGAGCCCGAAAUACCGCACAGUUCUCUCCUUCAUCACCGGCUGGACAUGGCUGAUCGGUAACUGGACUAUCACGCUGUCCGUCAACUUCGGUUUCGCGUCCAUGCUUGCUGCGGCCAUAUCCCUAUUCGAACCGGAAUUCACUGUGGGAGCCUGGCAACUACUGCUGAUCUUCUACGCUGUGUGCUUCCUCACAUUCUUCCUUGUUGCCUAUGGAAAUAAGAUGCUGCCUAUGGUCGAUACGUUCUGCGCCAUCUUCACUGCCAUUAGCAUCAUUGUCACUUGUAUAUGUCUAUCCGUGAAGGCGGAUGUCGGUAGACAUUCCCCAAGCUACACCUUAGGGCACUAUGACACGUCACUUUCCGGAUGGAACGAUUUCUCUUUUUUGAUCGGCGUCCUACCUGCAGCUUAUACGUUUUCUGCAAUGGGGAUGAUAACCUCGAUGGCUGAAGAAUGUAGCGAACCAACUAUUAAACUACCAAAUGCCCUGUCCCUAUGUGUACCUGUUGGUGGCAUCGCAGGAUUGUUCUUUAUAAUCCCCCUAUGCGCAACAUUGCCAGAACUAGCAGACAUCCUAAAAGCACCUGUCGGUCAGGCUCUACCGUAUAUCUUCGGUGUCGUCAUGGGAACUCCCGGUGGCGGUCUUGCAUUGACCGUCCUCGUCCUCAUCAUCACCCUGUUCUGCUCCAUAUCCAUUACGGUCGCAGCAUCGAGAACAACUUGGGCCUUCGCGCGAGAUAAUGCCAUUCCCUUCGCCAGCCUCUGGUCCAAGGUUGACGAGCGCCACGGCACACCCAUCUUGGCGCUAGUUCUCACUACCGCAAUUGAGAUGCUCCUCGGUUUGAUUAAUCUCGGGUCUUCGUCAGCGUUCCUGGCUUUUGUGUCAGUUGGUGUUAUAUCCCUCGCUGUGUCUUAUGGAAUACCAAUCGUUAUAUCGCUGUUCCACAGCCGGAGAGAAGUCAACAGUGCUAGGUGGACCAUGGGAGGCUUCAUUGGACCGGUUGUUAACCUGUUCGCGGUGGCCUGGAUUCUCCUUGAGGUGGUUUUGUUCUCCAUGCCUACUUCCCUCCCAGUGACUGAGGUUAGUAUGAACUACGCGAUUGUGGUAUUUGUUGGAUUUAUGGUUAUGAGUGCCAUCUGGUAUGGUGUCUAUGCUCGAAAAGUUUAUCGAGGCCCACCAGAAUCCGAUGGACUUACUGUUGAUUCUUGAUUUAACACGCGAUCCAGUUUU